AUGGACAACACCAUGUCCAAACCAGACGUUAUCCACAAUGAGACCGCCGAGCAGCAGAAGGGUGACAAGGCCGUGGACAACAGCGGUAUCGAGCGUGUCCACAUGACCGAGGAGGACAGCAAGCGCAUUUGUCGAAAGACCGAUAAGACUAUUCUUGUUGUGCUUGUCUGGGUGUACUUCCUACAGAUCCUCGACAAGACAGUCCUGGGCUACGGUGCGACUUUCGGUUUACAGGCGGAUACGGGCUUGAAGGGCAAUCAAUACUCUCUCGUUGGAUCCAUUGGCCCCAUUGCACAGCUGGCCUGGCAACCAUUCUCGUCAUAUCUUAUUGUUAAGGUCCCCCAUAAGAUCUUGAUGCCGUCUCUGUGUCUUGGGUGGGGUAUUGCGCAGACAUGCAUGGCUGCGUGCCACAACUUCAAUGAACUUAUGGCUGCUCGCUUCUUCCUUGGUCUGUUUGAAGCUGGAUGUCUGCCUCUGUUUGGCGUUAUUACCAGUCAAUGGUAUCGUCGUGCUGAGCAGCCGAUCAGGAUCGCUGCAUGGUACAGUACCAAUGGUCUGGCUACUAUCAUUGCUGCUGCUUUGUCGUACGGAUUGGCACAAAUCAAGUCAGAUGUGUUGAAGGCGUGGCAAAUCAUCUUCCUAGUCGUCGGCCUCAUUACCGUCAUCUCCGCCCCAAUCGUCUACUGGCGCCUCGACAAUGACAUCGCAACUGCUCGCUUCCUAAACGAGAAAGAGAAAGCCCAGGGAGUGGAGCGUCUGAGGGCCAACCAAACUGGAGCAGGCAACACGGAAUUCAAGCUGGGUCACGUCUACGAGGCCUGCCUCGAGCCUAAGACCUACCUAUGGAUCGCCAUGGCCUUGCUCCUCAACAUCGGCGCCAGCGUGACCAACAUCUUCGGACCUCUCAUUCUGAGUGGACUCGGUUACGACAAGUACAGAACUACCCUUCUUACCAUGCCAUUCGGCGCACUGCAAUUCAUCAUCAUCCUGCUGGCAAGUUAUCUCGCCCAAAGAGCCCGCGUGAAGAGUGCUAUUCUCGCGGGCUUCAUGGUCCCAACGAUAGCCGGCCUCGCAAUCUUGUUCGCAGUUCCCAGAACCAAAUCAGUGCAGGGCGAGUUGUUGGCCGGCUACUACCUGCUUGCAUUCUUAUUCGGUGGCAACCCCCUAAUCGUGACAUGGAUCAUCGGCAAUACUGCAGGAACAACCAAGAAGUCUGUUAUAAUGAGUUUGUACAAUGCCUCCAGUUCCGCAGGGAACAUCAUUGGUCCUUUAUUGUUCAACGCGAAGGACAAACCCGCCUAUACCCCGGGACUGCGCGCGUGCCUGGGAAUUUUCAGUGCCCUAACUGCGAUUGUCCUCAUCCAGUGGGCUAACCUGUGGUUUCUCAACAAACAACAAGCACGCCGCCGUGUCCGAAAUGGCAAGAAGGCUGAGAUUGUUGACCACUCCAUGCAAAACCAUUACCAUGGGAUGGAGGAGGGUAACCAGGAAGAGGCUGGUCAGGAGACGGUCCAGGUUGGAGAUAAUGCCUUCCAGGAUCUGACCGACCGUCAAAAUGAUGAAUUUGUAUAUAUCUAUUAA